CUUUUGAGACCCCGCAAAUCAUUUCAUAUGUGUCUGUCUGUGCUACUGUGGUUAUACUGAGCUGGAAAGCAACAAGAUGGUGUUGGAGCUCCAUACUUGGGGUCCGGCUUUCGGAUUGCCUUCAAUUGACGCCCAGUGCCUUGCCACCAUCGCUUAUUUUGCUCUCGCGCUGCCUACAAAUGGCUCACCAGAAUGGGUGCUGGUUCCAGACAGUGAUCCGAAGAUAGUGCCUACAAAUGAACUCCCUGCGGUAUGGACGGGCUCAAGGUGGAUUAGCGGGUUUCGAAAUAUCGUGGCAUUUUUGAAGCAAUAUUCCGAUGGAGAAUGGGACCUGGAUCGGUGGAUGGGACCUGGCGAGCAGGCGGAUUGUGUUGCGUUUUCAUCUUUCCUCGAACUUCAUGGCCAGUCGCUUAUCGAUCUCUCUCUCUACGUGUCGAGCGACAACUACACUUCUGUUACAUCUCCUGCGUACGGGACUCUUCUCCAGUGGCCCAAUCAAUGGAUUAUCCCUCCCCAAGUGAGAUCGCAGGCUAAAGCGAGGACGGAGCACCUGGGGCUAUCGUCGUUGGAUUUGGAUGCUGUUGAAGAGGAACGGCAACAAGGAAGAGAUAUUAACUCGGUGGCCGCUGGUCAGAUACCAAAGAGCCUAGCAACGAGGCCGCGUCAAACCGUAAGCGGCCUCCUGGGCAAGCCAUCACAGAAGUCCCGGAUCCGGCUGGAAGGCCUGACGGCAUCGUUUGUGGAACCGCUGCAGGAGAUGUUAGAAAAGAAAGGGUAUCUCCUUUCUGACAAUAUACCAUCGAGCUUGGAUUGCCUGGCCUUGGGAUAUCUGUCGCUGGCUAUGGUUCCAGAGUUACCGUUUCCCUGGCUGAAAGACGACAUCCAGGCGCAGGCACCGCGCCUGGGCGCAUAUGUGAAGAAACUCGGUGGCAGAUGCUUUGGAGGCUCGGUAGACGCGGCUGCAGUGCUCUCUGGUAUUCAAGCCGGAACUGGCUCACGGCUACCGUGGCAGAUCCCCGAGAGAAUCAGCCUAGGAGGUAUUGGGCUGCGCAUAUUCGAGGGGAUCGCAGACUCGAUUCCGGUGGUAAAAGAUAUCCGUCUCAGCAGGCGACUGAAGCAGAUGGGCCAGGAUAAAUCACUCGAGUCGGAGGAAGUACUGGCACUCGCUGACGGCUAUAAACGCGAAGCCUUGACGUCUGCAGCGACCGUGGCCUUGGGACUGGGGAUGUUCAUGGUCUACCUCUUCACGGCCGGGCCCUUACAGGUGAGCUUCGGAACGGAAGAUGAUCAUUCCAGUUCGUCAGCGGAGAACGAAGAAGCCGGCGGUGAUGAUGGCGAGGAAAAGGGCGAAAAGGGUUCAUCCGGGAAGCCGUUCGACCUGGGGGAGGUUGGCUCCAUGCUGGGACUGUGA